AUGCCUUGGCGCCCGCUCCCGCGGAUUGCCUUCGCAAUCUGCACUUAUCCCUUCCAACCUUCGUCCCCGGCCGACCUUCCGCUCGAAAUUGGAGAUGAGCUGUACAUAAUAGAGCAGGGAGGCAAGGAUGGGUCGUGGUACAGAGGCUAUCUGGUUGCGCCGCCGUCGCUGCUGGCGGGCCUGACUUCGGUCAAGGGCCAAACCUUGGAGGCGCGCGUCUUCUCGGGCAUCUUCCCUCGCUGUUGCGUCGAGGUGCGCGAGGUCCUUGGCGAGGGGAAGUCUCACGGCCAGGCGAGUGACCCAAAGGACUACUUUCAGGGACUAGAUCUUGGCCAGGGGACCGACCUGGACCACACGGGGAACGGCAUCCUCACACCCACCGAGAGCACCGGACGAUCGCGAGAAAACACCGGAAACCUCGGUCUGGUACUCGCCCCGAACCAGAAAUCUGACAGAAGACAGAGCAAACUGCUACGACAUGCCUCCCAACGGACCGCUGGCUCGGAGCACUCCAGAGGGCUCUCGCUUCCGCUCUCGCCUGUAUCCGUCAUGUCGCGAGACCCGAAUGCGCCGAAACCGCCCGCGCCUGUUCCGAUGCUGAAAAUAGGAGACGAAACCCCUACCUCUAUAUUGGAGCCAUUGGUCGACGAGAUUGCUUCUUGCUUGCGUGAAUGGCACUCCACGAAACUCCACGAGCUUCUGCUUGCGAGACGUUAUGGCACGGUGGAUAAAAUGACCAUGUUGGUGCAGAAGUUGGAUUCCGCCCGGAGGCAACUGCUGCACAAGAUCUUGACGAAGAAGGAGUUAGAGAGAGUGCGCGAGACAACCGUAUGGGACCUCGUUAGCGGUAACAAAAUGCUCUCUGGUGAGGUCAUUGUGCGAAACCCUUCGCAGAAGGGUCGGAUCAUGACUUCUGAGGAUUCUGCAAUCGAGAUCACUCGUCUGCAGUCCAUGAUGAGUUUGCUAGACGAACGUCCUCAACAGCCCAUCGACGAGCAUAUCCUACACCACAUCGCGGUUACGGUCAGACAUUUCUCAGGAGAAAUCAGACAGCCGACAACACUUUGUUUGCAUCUUGUUUCUAAGGCCCAAGGAUCCGCAGCAACACCAUUGUCCGAGGUAUUUUCGGUGGACCUGGGUAACCCAGAAGCGGCAGUGGCUGCUGUCGCGGAAGAGAAGAUGAAGACUUUGUUCACAGACCUGAGCUCGGUGGACGUAGGAGAAGGGUCUGGUGCCGGUGCAAGUCUUUACCUUGUUUUUAGGGUCCUCACCAAUGAGCCAGUACGAACUGCGGCAACACCGAUGCCACCAGUUACCCCGUCGCGCGAGGGCACUCCUAGCCCUGGAUCUAAUGGUCUCCACUCGUCCAACAGCGUCAAGGGCGGGAGGCGGAGCCUUAUGUGGGGCCAGAGAGUACGGAAAGCUUCCGAUGCUGAUGGGAGGGAAGUUUCUAGCAGACAAUCUAACGAGCAGCCACCGCCCACGCGCGCAACGACACCCAAGGAAGCACCGAAGGCCAUCAAACGCAUUAUGGGUAUCGGAGUACUAAGGGUAGAUCCGUUGGUUAGGGGAGAGCAGGAAGCCGAGCAAGAAGUAACGGUUUGGACUUCCAAUCUUCCUCUGGAUGAGAUGGCUGAAGAGUGUGAUUGGCAUGAAUUGAUUCCCGAAAUCAGCCCCAGCGUCACCGGGAGAUACAAGAAAUAUGCGAACAUGAACCGCCUGGCCGUUCAUGUCAAGGCUUUUGCGCAUGCGGAUGCCGAAGCCUUGAUCAAGAAGACGCCGACACUCCUCCACAACGUCAAUACGAGUAAGAAGAUCGGAUUUACGGGAGCCCCAACGAAGCCAAGGAGCGACAUCUAUCUCACGCUCAACGAACCGUUUUUGCCGCGCAAUGCCUUGCUUUCUCACCCUAAGAAUGGAGCUGUACCUCUCGGAACGAACCAAACCAUGGCAAACUUGCAGCUGACGCUGGAAGUACGCAAAUCAACUGGCGAACGGAUCGAAAACUGCAUUUUCCCUUCAGGAAAUAGCAUCGGCCACACUGCUUGGCGGACCACUGCAGUUGAGAGGGGCGAAUACUGGAACCUGACGAUUCGACUUGCGAUUCCUCCGGAGGACGUGCCUGGAUCUCACGUUGUCAUGAGCCUAGCGGAUGCCCCGGGUUUCCCCUUUGCUCUUUGCUGGAUGCCACUUUGGACGGACGAGGCUUUCAUCCGGGAUGGCGAACAUUGCCUUUGCUUGUACAAGUAUGACGAGUACACAUCAAGCAUGAUUUCUGGUCGUGGUGCCUACCUGUCGCUCCCGUGGGUCUCGAAGAAAAAGGAGGAAUCGGCCGGCGCCAUGGCAUCAUUAAGCCUUCGGACAUACCUCUGCAGCACCAAGUACUCCCAGGACCCGAACCUUUUAGCAGUUUUGAAAUGGCGCGACCAGGGAGCAAACGAGAUCGUGGACACGCUGAAGAGGCUGCUUUUCGUUCCUGAGAUUGAAAUCGUCAAGCUUUUGAACGAAGUUUUCGACGCUCUUUUCGAGAUCCUUGUCGAGUACGCUGGUGGAGAUGAAAUUGAGGAUAUGGUCUUCAACGCACUGGUCAACGUCCUUGGCAUCGUAUACGACCGGAGAUUCAACCUGGGUCCUCUCGUGGACCAGUACGCCCAGAACCAGUUCAACUAUCCCUUCGUGACAGCAUGUCUGAUCAGGAGCUUCAAUCGUCUUUUGUCUAGCCCUGCAGAUCCUGAGACCUCUCGUAAGCUGCGUGCCACGUUUAAGGUCGGAGUACACGUUUUCAAGUUUAUUAUGAAUGCGCGAGAGCAGCAAAAAGAGAAGGAAUCUGGCGUUGGUGUCACGAGUCGACAGACGACAUUCAUGAAAGACCUUCAAAACACUUUCAAGUCACUUGAGGCCCUGAUGACAAACCCGGCUCCGAUCCUUGUGGGAACCAAAACGCUUCUUGUACAGCAUUUCCAUACCUGGCUCCCCGAGCUCACGAUAGUCUUGACUCCGAAGGAGGUGCUGGACCUGGCAACCAGUUUCGUCGAUUCAUGCGCGCAGGUUCAGGGCAAGCUCAUUCUCUACAAGCUUAUCCUGAUCAUCAACUUCUCUCAAGUCGAGGCGUUCAAAAACGCUGAAACACGACCAACUCUGCUUUCAAAGACGGUCGGUUGGCUUGCGCCUCACUGGGGCAAGACCGCUGCGGUGACUCCGCAAUGGAAAGACCAAGUCCGACUGUGCUGCUCCGUCAUCGCUUCUCAAGUGAAUGACCUUGGCUCGGAAGCUUGCGAAUACAUUCCCAAGCUUGUGGAUUCUUACAUGGCGAUACAACAUACGCCUAGAUCUGCAAAGCAGUCUCUAUCACUCCUUUUCCCCACCUCCUAUCCCUUCCCCACAAAACAAACUACUACCAGCGCCGAGUUCGACGAGGCCCUCACUGAAAUCUUGGCCGUGUUGGCUGCCAUUACAAACCUCCCUAUUACGAUCCAUCCAGAUUUACAAAAGGAAGAGCUUUCGCAGUUCUUGUUCGACACUCUGCAGGUCUACAUCUCAAGCCUUGAAGGCGAGGCGUUCCCCAAGUCCUGGCUGAGCGUCAACAUUUAUCACCACAGAGCGACGAUGAAAGCUCUGGAGAAGCUUUGCGGCAUACUUAUUGACUCUUUCUUGCCACAUCCCGACGAUGCCGAUGACUUCAACACCGAGCUUUGGCGAGCAUUUUUCGAUGCCCUACUCCGACUUGUUGGCAGUGAUGCGCUUGCACUCGAGACUUUCCCCGAGCAGAAGAGACGCGCUGUGUGGAAGAUUGCCGGUGAUGUGCGUGAGCUCGGUGCCGAGUUGUUGCGGCGCAGCUGGGAAGCCAUCGGUUGGGAAACGACCCCCGAAGAUCGCAAGCAGUACGGCCUCGAGAAGAUGGGCGGUUACCAGGUACAAUAUGUGCCAGGUCUCGUCGCACCAAUCGUUGAGUUGUGCUUGAGUGUGCAUCAAGGCUUACGCAGUGUUGCCAUCGAGGUUCUGCAGACAAUGAUUGUCAGCGAAUGGACGCUGUCUCAGGAUCUUGCUCUGAUCCAGGCAGAGAUGAUCGACUGCCUCGAUCGCCUCUUCAAGACAAAGGACCUUACAGAAAGUAUCUUGCAAAAGCUCUUUAUCAACGAGCUCAUUGAUCUUUUCGAGCCGAUGGCGCAGGAUCCAGAUGAGCCUCUAUUCAGUGCUGUCAAGGAUCUUAUCAACACUAUUGAUGAGCUGCUUGAUCUGCUAGUAGCAGUCCACAGCAGGGAGGCGACCGGCGAGGUCUUCCAUAUCAUGGACACACUGCAUCUUAUGGAAUUCCUCAAGGACAUGCAGAAGGAGGAUAUUUAUAUCCGCUAUGUCCAUCAGCUUGCACAAAUCCAGAACGAUGCCGGAAACCCAACAGAAGCAGGUCUUGCGUUGCGCCUACACGCAGAGCUGUACGAUUGGGACCCGUCCAACAUGGUGGUCGCCCUCGACGAUCCACCAUUCCCGCUGCAGACCGCGUUUGAGCGGAAGGAACAACUUUACUUUGAGAUGAUCCAGUACUAUGAAGACGGUCUUUCAUGGAACAACGCUCUAGGUGCUUACACCGAACUUGCUGCGCAAUACGAACACAACGUUUUCGACUUUGCGAAGCUCGCACGUACACAACAUGCCAUGGCAACGGUGUAUGAGAGCAUCAGCAAGGGCGACCGCCAAAAUCCACGUUUCUUCCGUGUCGUUUACAAGGGUUUGGGCUUCCCUGUUGCGCUCCGGGAUAAGCAAUUUAUCUUCGAAGGCUCGUCCACAGAUUCGCGUGCGACGUUCAUGGACCGCAUGCAACAACAGCACCCUUCGGCGCAGAUCUCGUCUGGUGCUGGUGGGGAUGACGUUGAGGGCCAAUACUUGCAGAUAUACCCGGUGAGCGUACAGAAAGACCUGUUGCACCCGAUCUACCAGCGUCCGAAGGUUUCGCAGUCGAUUAGAGACUACUACGUCACGUCUAGGCCAACUCAAUUCACUAUGACCUCGAGGCGCCAGGCUAGCGAGGGCACUCUGAAGGAACAGGUUGUGAAGAGGACGGUCUACACAACCGCAGAAGCCUUCCCCACAAUCCUCCGGAGAAGCGAAAUAAUCGGUGUGGAGGAAGUAACGCUUACCCCGCUGCAAAGCUCGAUCGAACGCACUACUCGCAAGACGGCGGAGCUCGCUUCGAUGGAAAAGCGUCUCUCUGGUGGAGAAGACUCGGUGGUUCAAUCACUGACCGAGGCGCUGAUGCUGUCUGUCGAUUCCAACUCUCCGACAAGCGUUGCUCAGUAUCGGGAACUUCUUCCCAAGCCUCCACCACCAGCUGGGUCGGAUAUUUUCGAUGAGGAUGAACAGGAGGCGCCACCUUUACAACCGAUAGAAAACGCACUGAAGGUUGCCUUGAUGGAUCAUGCAUUGAUGGUGAAGAAGUGCCUUGGCUUGGCUAUUUUCUCGAGACCCGCGCAACAAGCGACCCUUGCGGAUCUUUCAGCACGUUUCGAGGUGACUUUCGGGCCCGAACUUGAAGCUCUCAACGCCAGCGGACAGAUCCCCUUCAUCAAAGCGCAGACCAACUCGUGGCUCAACGGCUCCAUUCCCGACCCAUCCGCCACUGCCGGUGCGCAAGACCCUCUGCAGCUCCUGAAGUCGGUGUCAAACGACCCGCUCAAAGCCGCUGCCGAAGUCCGAAGCACGCGCAUCGAAAAGAACCGACUCAGUCUGACGUUCCUCAAGCGCGGCUCGGUGUCGAACAUGAGCGCUAUGACGGCCGACAUGAAGAAGUCCUCUGCAUCCUUGGCCUUGGGUCUUUCAGCCGAUGAGGAGGGCAGCAGCGAUGCCGAUCGUCGUUCCCAAACAAGCCGCAGCCGUAGCAAGGACCCCGGCAGACGUAGGUUGAGCUUCUUACACGCGACCACCACGAACGACUCUGCUAGCUCGGCAAGGAGCAUCAGCGUCGAGCGGCCCAAGACGAGCAAGAGCGAUGGGCACAGCUCGAACCACGGACAAGGCGUGGCAGACAGAGUCACUGGAAACGUGAAGAAGAGGUUCAGCAUGCUGAACAUUGGGCGGAAGACGAGCAAAAACUCGUUUGGAGUUGGCGAUUCGGUGGCAGAGGAAUAA